AUGGUACACAAAAUGGAUAUUCCUUCCAUGUGUUUACCUCCCCUUGAAAGGUUUUCCCUGAAUCCACCUAAUGUCGGUUUGCCGUCACCGCCGAUUUCGGAUAACAAUAAGAAAGGGCAAUGUCUUCCUCCUUUGACUUCAAUCCUGCAGUCGCCGGGUGCACACCCCUCCAUACUCAUCUCUAAGAUGACGUCCCUCGACUUUAACCCGGACAAUAAUAAUCAUACACCUGUGACUCCACAAGAUCAACAAUACCCGAGUUAUCGUGAGCAAUCAAUCGUACCUGGUAAUCCCAAUGACUCCAAGUUGACCUACCAAGAACCAACCAAGGACCUUACCAUUGAAAGUGGGACACGAACACCUUCUCUGCUGACCCAACCGAUAUCCAAAGGACCCGGUUUAAACUCUUUUGGGAAUCUGUCUCCUCAACAACAAUCGCCACCGUCCUCUUCUUUGAUAUGGUCGGGGCCGGGUUCAUCGUUCCUUCCGGUGGAUCAAGCAUCGCAAAACCAACUGCAGCAACAUUCCAAACAUUCGCCGCAACCUUCCACGCAGCAGAAACCUCCGAUUUAUCAUUACGAUAGUCACUGCCCGCUACCAAAGCCACCAUCUCAGGCAAUGAGAUUCGUGAAUUAUCCACAAUACGGCGACAAUACUUUUACAACCAAUGAGCAGGCACUGUCGCGGCUAUCAAAAGUCGCCGAUUAUUGUAAUCAGAUCGCCCAAUUUACGACCCAAUACAGGGAUUCGCGUAUAAACCCCA